AUGAUGAGCACCGGGAGCUCAUUAAAAAUCUUAGGAACGCUCAUGAUGAAUGGACUGCCAUACAUUUCUGUGCAUUUUGUCCCGCCGAUGACAAUGAACAGCACACCACUGCACAACAUCCUAGUGUCCAACAUGUUCAACAUACCCAACAUUCCGGUGCCCAACAUAAUGGUGAUCAAUAUAAUGGUAGUCAAUAUAAUGGUGAUCAGUAUAAUGGUAGUCAAUAUAAUGGUGAUCAGUAUAAUGGUGGUCAAUAUAACAGUGAACAAUAUAAUGGGACCCAACUUACUGAUACCCAAUGGAAUGGUGCACAUUAUAACCCUGGACAAUUUAAUGGUACUAGCCAUCGCUACACGUGAUCAUAAAUUGUUGAUAUUAGAGGGCGGACACUGGCAUAUGGACAGGAUAUGGACACCAUCUCUGCACAUACCGACUAAUACUCAGCCCGAUAUACUUCGGUCCGGAGAUACAAAUCCAGUUCUGGCGCACAUCCGCUCCGAUGGCAAGAUUUUGAUCAGUAAAAGCAUAAAGUCGUUGUACAGCCAAACGGGAACUUUCAGUAAACUGACGGUCACUUUUACUCUGCGGCGAGAAUUUGGACACUUUAUACUCGAUAUAUACAUUCCGUCGAUUCUGUUUGUGAUCUCUUCGUGGACAUCGUUUUGGGUGGAAAUACCCGCAGCGCCGGCCAGAGUCACGCUCGGCAAAUAG